AUGUGCAUAAAGUACAGGGUUGAAGCGAGCUACCAAGUUUGGGUGCCAAGAGCUGAGACUGUCUACACUGUGACGGAGCCGCCGCAGGAGCUCCCGCUUGAGGAGCUUACGUACCUAUCCCUGGGCACGAGCCGCUCCAUCUUUCAGGAGGCCUUCGUCCAGGAUGACAGUUGGGAAACCGGCAGGAGGAAGAAAAGGCAGCUGAGAACCGCGGGCAAGCAGCGCGGCUUCCUGGUUCGGGUUGCUGGCGACGAUCAAGCCCGCGUAGUACCGUGGUUCAAGGCCGCGUGCAAGACGCUCGUGGCCGAUGGGGUUCUGAGCAAGGUCGAGGCGGAGGAAGCCACGAACGCAAAGAAGCUGAGGAAGCAAAGUCGCGCCGUGGCUGUGAACGAAUGCCGCGUGGACACGGUGUCGAGGUGCCACCACGGCGUAUGUGGACCUGGCUUUCAGGUAGAAGUCUCGUCGUGCGACGCACGGCAGAAGCUCCACCUCUUCACGAACCACCAGGUUCUGCCAACGCAAAGAUGGCAUGCUUGCCUGACGGAGGCUGUCAAGCGCACCUUCGGUCGAGUCUUUGUGGCCCCGGCUGAGGCAAGAAAUACGGAGCGACCGGACAGUAAGGAGACUGGCGAAGUCUUCAUAGAUGCUGCGCCGGAUCGGCAGCGAGACGAGGAGGAGGCCUGGCUUUCUUCACUCCUCGGCUCAGAUCCCCACGCAGCUGCUGUGCCAGAAGAAACCGAAGGACCGGCACAAGAAGCGCAAGAGGAGGCAGCACCGAUAGAGGUCGCGCCCCAUGGUGCAAAGGAAGUUCGAAAGCGUUGGGGUGACUACUCCGACGAGGAUGAUGCGAUGCCUGAAGAGCCUUCCAAAGAUAAGGAGGCUGGCCAAGUCGCACAGGAGAGGAGGCAUCUUCCGAGAUUGUCAACGGAGGAUGAUACGAGGACUGAGGAGCCUUCCAAAGAUAAGGAGGCUCGCCAAGUGGCACAGGAGAGGAGGCAUCUUCUGAGGUUGUCAACAGAGGCAAUUCUGCUACCGGAAGCCGACAAGAAAUUGGUUGCUGGAGUUGCGGCGCCCUUGCUGAGGAUCGAGGCAGCCCUGCCCAAGGUGAAAGCCGAAGAGGUUGCUCACCAGGGCUCCGUGCAGAGGAAGGAGGUGUUGCCAAGUCGGCCACUGCGGGCAGACCACGCAGGUGCUGCAUCUCCCGCCACAGAAUUGCCUCAGCGAAGUUACAGCUGGCUCCCUACGGUGACAGACCUGCCCAUUAUCGACAUCGACGAUGAGUUUGGAGACUGGACCGAGCUUGGCUGCUCGCCCCCAAGGCGGCAGGCCAUAGUGGAGCUCGACGAGACAGCCGUCCACCGAUGUCCAGGCCGUGGAUCUUAUCAGGCCGCCUGGAAGUCCGACAGCUGGCAGGAAGGAUCCUGGUCAAGUGGCUCCUGCGACUGGAGAGGCUCGUGGGAGUCACCAUGGUACCGAUGA